AUGAAAACACGUUCAAUAUUAGAUACAAGCUCAAAUAAUUUAUUUACAAAUAUUGAACGGUCAGGUACACGUGAUUUAUUAUCCUAUGGACAAUUUUCAUAUGAUACUAUAUUAACAUCAAUCCAAAAACAAACAAUAAUUGAUAGUUCAUCAAUAAUAUUAUCAUCAGAUAAUAUUCUUAUUGAACUUGUUGAAGAAUUAUAUCCACGUACAAAACAAUCAUCAACAUUACCAUAUGAAGCUUUACUUUUAUUACGUCCUUUAUCAUUAUUACUUGCACGCAUUAGUUUUUUUUUUCGUGCUUUAAUUAAUGCACGUUAUUCAGCUAAAGUUAAUGAAUAG